CUUGUACGUACGGCACGUCUAGAUAGGAAGAUCCAUCUAAAUACGUCCCUUAACAUUAGGAAUCGCUCACUAAUCUCAAUAAUAGUAUGAGGAGACCUUUUACUAUGACAAUGGAAGAAGAAAGUGUCACAUUGUUGCUACAGCAGCUCCAGGAGCUCCGUACGGAGAUGCGGACUCAGAAACAACAGCUCCAAGAAGAGAAUAACAGCUUACGGGCGGAACUACAGGCCGUACGGAACUCGCAGCUGAGAAACCAUCCACCAGUUACUACUACAGUUACAUCUGCAACGCCCACCCCCUACGAACGAAGCUAUCCCCGUCCUCGUCACCCGGAUGUCGAACCCUUUACUGGAGAAGACCCUAAGGACUACCCUCCUUUCCAGAUGAACCUUCGUACGAAGUUUGCAAUCGACGCCGCCUGCUACCCUACAGAGGAGGAACAAGUUUACUAUGCCUACAGCCGCCUGAGAGGAAAAGCCAGCCAGCGUGUGCUACCAUGGCUCUUGGCUCGCCAGAAAUCUGAGACUCCUGUGCUAUGGGCAGAAUUCUCCGCGGUACUAGACAAGGCCUUCGGUGACCCUGACCGACAGAGAAAGGCUCUUGUACGAGUGAAUACAAUAAAGCAAGGGAGACGUGACUUUGAAGAGUUCUUGAAUGAAUUUGACGAAGAACUUCUUAAUGCUGGAGGGAUUAAUUGGGAUGAUAACCAGAAGAAGGCCUUGUUGGACACGGCAAUUAAUGUUGAGUUGCUAAAAGCCAUGGUUGGUAUUAGGCAGGAGGAUUCGUACGACAACUACUGCAAUCAACUGCGCGAAAUCAACCACAACCUCCAGAGAGUGGCCAGGCUUACACGAAAAGGAUCUCACGCCGCUGUCCCCAUGCAUGUCGCUCGUACAAGACCAGCAGGAGGCUCUGACCGGACCGGAACCCCUGAUCAAAUGGACUGGGAAGCCACCCAUGCUCAAAUUGCAGCCCUACAAAAGGAAGUUGCGGCCCUCCGUAUGAAAGGGACCAGGACCCCAAGAAAAGCUAGUCAGGCGCCUGCAGAGGAGAAGCAAAAGAGGUUGUCCGAGGGCAAAUGCCUACGCUGCGGCGAUCCUGACCACUUCGUUCAGCUAGACAUCGGGGCGCAUACAGAAAAAGGAGCCUACUUCUAUGUGAUACCCGAUAACCUGGGCUAUGACCUGAUCUUGGGACUCCCCUGGCUGGAGCAACAUGAUGGAAGGUUAGAGGCUAAGAGGGGCAGGCUGUACCUCCGUACUACUGGAGUCCGUCUAUGGAGUACUACAAAGAGGCCCUUACCGAAGCUGGACAUAGCACAGAUAUCAGCUGCAACCAUGGGAGGAUUUAUACAAAGGAAAAGGUGCCAUGGCCAAGAUAUCGAGAUAUUUGCGGUCUCAUUGGCAGAUAUACAGAAGGCACUGGCCCCAAAGAGACAUAUUGACCCCCGUACGAAGCUACCAAGGCAAUACUGGAAAUACCUAAGGCUCUUCGAACAAGACAAAGCUGAAGAACUACCACCGCACCGGGGAGAUGGGAUUGAUCACAAAAUCGAGCUCGUACGGGAGGAGAGUGGGAAGGAUCCUGAAGUCCCCUGGGGCCCCCUUUACAACAUGACCCAGGAAGAACUAAUAGUCCUCCGGAAAACACUCUCUGAACUACUACAGAAAGGCUUUAUCCGCGUGAGCCAUUCCCCAGCUGCAGCCCCAGUACUCUUUGUACGAAAACCAGGAGGAGGACUGCGGUUCUGCGUCGACUACCGUGCUCUAAAUGCCAUUACCAAGAAGGACCGCUAUCCAUUGCCCCUGAUCCAUGAGACACUGAACCAAAUUGGACAAGCCAGAUGGUUUACUAAGCUGGAUGUGUCUGCUGCCUUCCACAAGAUCCGCAUAGCCAAAGGCCAGGAAUGGAUGACUGCCUUCCGUACGAGAUACGGGCUCUUUGAAUGGCUAGUCACCCCUUUUGGGUUGGCUAACGCACCGAGUACCUUCCAAAAAUACAUCAACUGGACCCUCCGGGAAUAUCUAGAUGAAUUCUGCUCAGCCUAUAUUGACGAUGUGCUUGUCUAUACCAAUGGGGACCUCCGCCAGCACCGGAAGCACGUACGAAUGGUCUUGAAGAAACUGGAAGAAGCAGGCCUAUAUUUGGAUAUUAAGAAGUGCGAAUUUGAGUGCAAGGAGACAAAGUACUUGGGCUUUAUAAUACAGGCAGGGAAGGGAAUCAAAAUGGACCCGGAGAAGGUGAAAGCAAUAAAGGAAUGGGAAACCCCUACUACUAUAAAGGGCGUCCGAGGAUUCCUGGGCUUUGCCAACUUCUACCGAAGGUUCAUCCCUAACUUCUCAGGGAUCGUACGCCCACUAAACAACUUGACAAAGAAAGGAACACCCUUCUUGUGGACUAAGGAGUGCCAGGAUAGCUUUGAUCUGCUUAAGGAAAAGUUCAUUACUGGACCUGUCCUAGCAACCUUCAACCCUUCCUACCGAAAUUCCCCAGCUGAAUGCAACUACGAGAUCUAUGACAAGGAGCUACUUGCAAUUGUACGAUGUCUUGAAGCCUGGGAUGCUGAACUGCGCUCAUGUGGAGAAUUCCAAGUUAUUACCGACCACAAGAACCUGGAGUACUUCUUCUCCCCAAGGAAACUGACAGAGCGGCACGUACGAUGGUCCUUAUUUCUCAGCCGGUUCAACUUCAAGUUAGUAUAUAGGAAAGGGUCAGCCAAUCAGAGAGCUGAUGCACUUUCACGGAGAGACCAAGACAUGCCUGAUGAUAAAGAUGACAGGGUCAAGUCUCGUACGAUGCAACUCUUUAGUAAAAAACACUUGGGAAAAAUGGUAGUUGCCACCCUUCAACCAACCGGAGAGCCACCACGCGAGCCGUGUGAGAAAGGUGACAUGUGGAAAGAGGCACUCAAGCAGGGAUAA